AACCAAAAGGGAAAAAAAAAUUUCCUCAGAGCGGCCGGCAAAAUAUAAAAGAAGCAGCAUUUUAACCCUGUGAGAGCCACGGGAGGCUGUUGUUAACCAUCUCCAUGUCUCUCUCAGCACACAGGUUCGGCGGAGAGCAGGAGGAGGAGGGCGACAGAAGAGACAUCUUUUUUAAAGCGUUGAGAGUGAAUAUAUAAAAUACACACACACGUGUACAUUUCCUUUUCUUUUAGAAGAUAUUUUUUAAACCUCUCUAUGCACGCCAAACACCUAUGAGUUAUCGAUCAUGUCGGUGAGGGAGACGUUCAACCCGGAGAACUAUGAGUUGGAUAAAAAUUUCCGCCUGACCCGCUUUGCCGAGCUGAAGGGGACGGGGUGUAAAGUGCCGCAGGAUGUCCUGCUCAAGCUGCUGGAGGCCCUGCAGGAGAAUCACUACCAGGAGGAUGAGCAGUUCCUGGGGGCGGUCAUGCCCCGUUUGGGUAUUGGAAUGGAUACAUGUGUUAUUCCCUUAAGACAUGGCGGACUGUCUCUGGUUCAAACAACAGAUUAUUUUUAUCCCAUUGUUGAUGAUCCUUACAUGAUGGGUCGAAUUGCUUGUGCCAAUGUUCUAAGUGAUCUUUAUGCCAUGGGUGUUACAGAGUGUGACAAUAUGUUGAUGUUGCUUGGAGUCAGCAAUAAAAUGACAGAUAAGGAGCGGGACAAAGUAAUGCCACUAAUAAUACAGGGUUUUAAAGAUGCAGCAGAUGAGGCAGGUACAUCGGUAACUGGUGGACAAACGGUAUUAAACCCAUGGAUCAUUUUAGGAGGUGUGGCCACAACAGUCUGCCAACCGAAUGAAUUCAUCAUGCCGGACAAUGCAGUGCCAGGCGAUGUUUUGGUACUAACAAAACCACUUGGAACUCAGGUAGCAGUUGCUGUGCACCAGUGGCUUGAUAUACCAGAAAAAUGGAAUAAGAUUAAGCUUGUUGUCACUCAAGAAGAUGUGGAGUUGGCCUACCAGGAAGCAAUGAUGAACAUGGCACGAUUAAACAGAACCGCUGCUGGCCUUAUGCACACUUUCAAUGCACAUGCAGCCACGGAUAUUACAGGCUUUGGGAUUCUUGGACAUGCUCAGAACCUGGCAAAACAGCAACGAAAUGAAGUGUCAUUUGUGAUCCAUAACCUUCCUGUCCUUGCGAAGAUGGCAGCAGUGAGCAAAGCAUGUGGGAAUAUGUUUGGAUUGAUGCAUGGCACUUGCCCUGAAACAUCAGGAGGCCUUUUGAUCUGUCUUCCACGGGAACAAGCAGCUCGGUUUUGUGCAGAAAUAAAAUCACCAAAAUAUGGCGAAGGAUAUCAGGCGUGGAUAAUUGGGAUUGUGGAGAAGGGCAAUCGUAGUGCCAGGAUCAUUGACAAACCACGGAUCAUCGAAGUAGCUCCAACAAUUGCAACACAAAACGUUAAUCCAACUCCUGGUGCCACGUCUUAAAAGAAAAAAUGCACAUAGAAAAGGUGACUUGUUGCAGUUCUGAUGCCAUCCCAAGCAACUUUGUAAAUUUAACUUGUCUGCCUUGUGUUGGCCUUUUGGCAGAUCAUGCGUGGAUAUAAAAAAAAAUCCAUUGCCCUGUUUUUCUGUUACAUUAACUGAAGAUGCACCUAAUACUAAGGCAGCUUCUAAGUUGAGAACUUAAUAUCCAAUACUGUUGAUUCAUUUUGAAUCUUUAGACACUUACUGUCUGUGCCGCAUAGGCUCUCUUAAAGUGCUUCACAUAGAGCACACCUUACCAACAGCAGUGCAGCAGCAUUUCAUUUGUCUGAUCACUAUAUUAGAUGAAAACUACUUGUCAGCAAAUUUGUUGCCUUGAAAGCUUUUCAGAAAGAGUUACAGUUGUUAUAACGAUUAAUGGAAUGCAGCAGUUUGCAUGAUUUCAUUUGGUCUUUGGUUUGUAAUGUUUUUUCACAUUGUUAAGAUGUAUUGUUAGUGUUGACUUUACUCAGUUGAUCUGUCUGUAAAAAUGAGUAGGUCCUCUGUGCUAUAUUCGCAUGGCCAGCACUUCACUUGGAAAAGAAAUGUUUCUUUCCAGUAUGGUAAAUCUUAAACAAUAAUGUUAUCAUGGUAUGUUUUCUAUUAUUUUGUAGCAAACACGUGUUAGUUUACACUGUGGUUCGCUGUUUUAUCAUGCAGAAAAUGUUACAGACCAAACGAAAGGCUACUGUAAAAUACUCUAAGAUUGAAGCUCAGAAUGAACUACACUAUGACUUUUUAAAAAUAUAAUAAUCAAUUAUGUUGACAUUAUGUGCUGUGGUUAUUAGUGUUUAAUACAUUUUAUAUUUUGUAAAGUGAUAUCUGCAUCUGCUUUUCUAUAAAUACAAAUAAUCUUUAGCAUAAUGCUGCUUAGCUUUUAUUUUUAAUUAUACUCUAUCAAUUCUCGACUAGUCUGUUUUAAUGUGAUUUAUAUCGCCGAUGUCACAUCUUGAAGUUUAACAUAAUAGUCUAAUGAAUAUUUGAAAUGAUUCCUCCUUUCCGCACAGUUCCUGUCAGCAUCCACCUUGUUGUAUGUUAUUUUGUUAGUGUAAACAUGCCUUUGUUUUGAUUUUCAUAUAUGUUAAAAGUGUAUAAAUUUUUUUUAGGAUUUUGCUUCUUGGGGUCUUUUUCCUGCUUUCUCCGCCUCCUUUUUUGUAAUUUCCACCCCCACCCACCCACUCCUUCCUGAUAGUUUUCACAUAGCACAAUAACCCUGUUCAUUAAAUCGGAAAUUUGUUGAAA